UUAUUUAUGGCAGGCGCGCUCCCGCGGACUGCACCGUUAUUAUUCGACGAGCGCGACUGACACCGAAACUACAAUGUCAAGCGCGCCGAGGAGGACCCGUCCUGAUUCCUCAUUUGAGUCCUCGAAUAAAUCGGAUGACAUUAGUGGAAAUAUUGCGAGGAUGUGUCAUCUGUCAGAUGAGGUGGAGGUGUGAGUGAGUCAGGCAGAGAUGGAGCUGAUCAGAAGAAAAGACUCAGACUCAAACGGCCUGUUCUCCGACAACUCCGACAAUGACUGUGAGGACAUGGGGGCUUGUGGACCGAAUAUUGGAGUGUGUUUGUGUGAAAAUACCAUCUUCUAUGAUCAACAUUCACCAGAGGACAGCAGUGUAAAGUGUGUCCAGUGUGGUAAAAACCGGCCGCUGAUCACCAGAUACUCAGAAGGAUAUGGCACAGAGGAGGAGUGUGUGCAGACGCAUCUUCAGGGAGACAGUGAUGCAGACGCAGACAUAGAGGACACCGACAGCAGACUCCAGAUUGCGGGUUCCCUCCAGCGAAUCAGCUCGCGAAAGAGAAAGCGCCAGCGAAUCACACGGCAGGACACUACUGAGAGUGAAGAUGAUGGUGGGCGGAGCCACAGGACACAUCGCUGGAGUUUACGGCUCAGUCCUCACCGCACACACAGCAGAACAAUACUGGAGGAGAGUGUUUCUCAGGUGCGGCCGCUGGUGAUCUGUCGCUGCGCAGCUCGAGACACUCAAAGCCUCACAGACGUCGCACCGACCAACAGGAAGUGGUCGUUGAUGGCGUUUCCUGUUCCACCGUCUGUCACUUUGUCCUGCUUCCUGCUCUUCAUCCCUCUGUCUGUGUCCAUCACCAUCAUCAUCAUCUUGCUCAUGUCUUUCCUCCUGCCGCUCACUGACACCUGAACACAGCACUCUCAGGUCAUCAGGCCAUUCGCUGCACUUCUGUCCACACCUAAAAGAAAAAAUACUGAAUUAAAUUACUAUAGCAAUUUAUAGUAAAUAUUAUAGUUUCUGAUCCAUACUAUAGUAAAGUACCUGAAUUCAUCUGUUGUGGUGAUUUCAUAGUUGCUAUGUUAACACAACAACUUUAGUAAUUAAUCCGUUGUGGCAAUUCUAUAGUUGCUAUGGUAACGACGACUACACUAACUGAUCUGUUAGGGUAAUUCUAUGGUUGCUAUGGUAACAGAACAGCUAACUGAUCUGUUAUGGUAAUUUCACAGUUGCUAUGGUAAUAGAACAAUUAUAGGAACUUAUCUAUUGUGGCGAUUCUAUAGUUGCUAUAGUAACAGAACGACAACACUAACUGAUCUGUUGUGAUAAUUCUAAAGUUGCUAUAGUAACAGAACGACAACACUAACUGAUCUGUUGUGGUGAUUCUAAAGUUGCUAUGGUAGCACAGCAACUAUAGUAUUUAAUCAGUUUUGGUGAUUCUAUAGUUGCUAUGGUAACAACAACUAAAGUAAUUGAUCUGUUGUGGUGAUUCUAUAGUUGCUAUGGUAACACAACAACUAUAAUAGCUGAUCUCUUGUGGUGAUAGUAUAGUUGCUAUGGUAACACAACAACUAUAGUAAUUAAUUUGUUGCGGUGAUUCUAUAGUUGCUAUGGUAGCAAAACAACUAUAAUAACUGAUCUGUUGUGGUGAUUGUAUAGUUGCUAUGGUAAUACAAACAACUAUAAUAACUGAUCUCUUAUGGUGAUAGUAUAGUUGCUAUGGUAACACAACAACUAUAGUAAUUAAUUUGUUGUGGUGAUUCUAUAGUUGCUAUGGUAACACAACAACUAUAAUAACUGAUCUCUUAUGGUGA